UCUUACCUUGCAAGGUUGGGUAAUGUGCUCAGGGCUGUAACUCCUUGGCCAGGGAGAAGGAGACACAAUGAGAGCAUGGGUUUUUUAAGGAAUGCAAUGGAUGCUUAAAGCCUCUGCAAGGCUCAAGCCUGCCCAUAAUCUCUCACAGCAGUCUCUAUCCUUCCUGAAUCCACAAUCAUGGCUGGAUUGCUGAAGGAUGGAAGCACCCAGAGAACCUGGUCUUCAGAGGAGACAGUGGAAUAGGAAGGAGAUCAUUGAGAUCACAGAGAAGGUAAAACAAGCAUCGAACAUCGACUAGCUCAUCUCUGCUGAAGUAGAGCAUCAGCUCCAAGCAUCAAAUUCCUUUUUUCGUGGAAAGAGCACAUUACAGUCAUCUACACAUGAGAUGUCGAGGGCACGAGCAACUAACCUCAGUGCAUCCUGUUCCAGGAGAAAAUGGUGAGACCUCCCAGUGCAAAUCUUCUGAUUCCAGUGGUGAAGAGGAGGCAAGUAUGGGCCAAAAGAAGCCCCGCAGGCAGAGGACCCAUUUCACCAGCCAGCAGCUGCAGGAACUGGAGGCCACUUUCCAACGAAAUCGCUACCCGGACAUGAGCACAAGGGAAGAGAUAGCAGGCUGGACCAAUCUGACAGAGCCGAGGAUAAGGGUUUGGUUCAAGAACCGAAGAGCCAAGUGGCGGAAAAAGGAACGUCAUCAGCAAACGGAGCUUUGCAAAGGAGCCUUUGGGUCACAGCUUAAUGGCUUUACUGGAAAUCCUUAUGAUGACCUUUAUCCAACCUAUGCCUAUAAUACCUGGACUUCCAAGGGGCUACAUAGCAACCCUAUCCAUGGCAAAGGCUUCCAACUCUUCAACUCCAUGAACCUCAAUUCUUUUGCACCCCAGAGCAUGUUCCCAGCAGCUGCAGGAGCCUCUAUAUCUGGAGUCCCAUCUCUGGAGAACUUCAACAGCCUGGCAAGUCCUCCUGGGCAUUCUGGUUCAAUGUAUGGGCCUGGUGCCCCUUCACCAUACAUGUACAGGGACCCCUGUAACUCAAGCCUAGCUGGGUUGAGACUCAGAGCAAAACAGCCACAGUCUGCUCUCAAUUAUGGCUCUCCACAAAAUACGGGUAUCAGCCCCAGCUCCAGCCAGUACAAUCUGGACAGGCCAGUGUGAUGCUUGGGUGUAAGGUGAAAGAUGAUCAGAAUUGUACCCCAUUAAGAAUCUUACUAGUGGCCUCUAUAAAAAUAAAAAUUUGCCUCUCGAAGUCCUGUGUGGGGAGAGAUUAGGGUUUGCAAAUAUUUUUGGUUUCCUCCUUUCUGAAGACCAUCAUGUCAACUUCAAGCUUUUUCUUAACUAAUAGCAUACCGCCCCCUGCCCUGUAGCCAGAGGUUCCUUGGAGGCCCCAGAUCUUGCUUUGGCAGAAGACCAACAGUAUUCUAAUUUCAUCUGAACCAUUCAGGGUCAGAUGCCCAAGGUGGUUUUUAAUUAAUUAAUUGCAGUGGUUCUGGAGAGGUGAAUUGGCAGGGCUGUUAUCAGAUAUUUGGAGCAUUUAGAGUGGAAAAGCUCAUCUGUUUUUGACCAUCAAAGUUUCCUCUCAAAAAGGAGGAGGAAAAAAAACCCAACUGUCUUCUCUACCAGGGCAGUCUUCUUCAACUUGGCCACCUCCAGGUAUGUUGGAUUACAAUUCCUCUCAUCCUCAGCCAGCAUGGCCAUUGCAGUUUAAAUUCAAUCCAGGGAGUAAGCACCACAAAGGGAAAAAGUUGGAGAAUAGGCCUAAGGAGUCAGAUAAUUGGGGCUACCUCUGUCAAGGUAGCCUUUCUUAAAUUUCUACACCCCCCUCCCCAUUAACCUCAGUUCCCCCUCCUGCAUGCCCAGAAAAUUCCAAGUCAGGGCCAUGAAAAUGAACUACAGAUUCACUGCUCUCCUCUAUUGCUGGCCAACUCACCUAGAUCGCUAGACAGACCCUGUACAAUGAGCAUUGUACAGCAAUCAGCUGUACAAUGAGCAAUUACUCCCUUCACCCUCUCCUUCUGCUGUUCAGCCUGAGUUUCAUCAUCCCUUUCUGGCUGUUUCUGCAUCCUACCCUACCAGUUUUGCAGCUCCAAAGUAGAUGGAGAGGGGAAAGUGUCCCUCCCCCUGUCUGCUCUAUGGCCUCCUCCAUUCCAGAAAACUCAUAAUCUUGUUCAUCCUGGGAUGUCCAAGUACGUUGUAACAGUGGCAGUUCACAUGGAUGGAGUUUCCCUAGGCAUUGCAGAUGAAAUGGCAUACAGGUUGUGGCGGCCUGUAUGCCUGUUGCAUUCUCCCACAGUCUCUGAUUCUGGGUAGCCCUUCCACUUAAUCAGAUAUUCCAAAUGUUUUCCCUUGCAUCCAGAGUCCAAAACAGACUCUACUUCAUACUCUUCCUCCCCAUCGACCCAGGAUAGAUGGAAGGGGAGCUAUUCUAGUCUGUAAGCUGCAGGGGGUGCCUC